AUGGAAUCGCGGCUAGGAUCAGUCUGGUCAGCAUCCCGCUCGACUAAGUUCUUUCUAGGCAAGGGUCCAGCUCUGAUUCCCUUCUUCCACAACUGGUGCAGUCUUAUGGCGGGCGACGGGACCAGGAAGCUCCUCAUAAUCAUGGGCUCCAUUCUCCGGCCGAAAACUGCUCGGCCCAACCAAGCCAGACUCCUCGAGGUCAAUAUCGAUACGCUGCGAGGACUGCCACGUGGGCCGCAUCAGAAUCGACUCGAUCCGAACGCCCUCCACCAGACCGCUCGGGCUAAGUUCCGCAGAUCACGAAAUGUUGUGGUCGCCGAUAAAUCGCAGUUCUGCGCCCUCUCGAUAAGUAGGCUGCUCAGGACUCGGCGGGUGAGCAGCCCGCGGGCGGCGCGGCGGCACUUCUGUGGCGGUGGGUGGCGGCAACGAAACGCGGAAAAGUGCGGCGAGAGGGGCGAGGGGUUCAAAAAGGGCGAAGGACGCCGAGAGGCGGCAAAGAGGCAACACCGAGCCGACGCAGCCACGUGCUACCGCAGAAUAUACAGAGUCUCCACCCAGUCGCUAAUCCACAAGCUGCCUUGUUUGUCCACAUCAAAAGUUGCGAUUUUCGCCCACACCGGGCUACCCACGACUACAGUCAUUCAGUUAGGACUAGAGGACUCGGCAGUACCGCCGCCUCUAAACCUUCCGACUAGAGAUGUCCAACAAGAACAAGAUAGUCCACGCCCUCCAGAAACAAAAAGGGGCAAUCGUCUGAAGAGACAUUAUACUCUGAAUUUCAUCAAGGAGUCUCCUUGGUCUGUGUAUGAGAAACAUGUCGAUGUAUCUUACAAAACACCCCGACAUUCAUGCAUUGUGGCACAGAAGCGAAGCAAAGGCAAUGCCAGAGUUCAUAUCAAGAAGAUUGUAGAGCAUUCCAAAGAAGCCACUGCCAAUCGUCUGCUGCUGCUUCAGUCCGCUCCAAUUCUUUUCGUCCCCAUUCUCGAAGUUUACGAGCAACCAUCGUCUAUGUACCUUGUUUACGAGCUGGUCGAGCACACCCUCCAGGAUUUAGUUCGAAGCCAGCACUCCCUCGAGAUCAAAGAGCUAGGGGCCAUAGUGAAACAGAUUCUUGAAGGACUCCUCUACCUCGAAGUAAACGGGGUAGGGCUCCUGGACCUCGAGUGUGCGGACAUUAGGUUCAGGCCAAACGGCUGCCUCCAGAUAGAUUCUCCGGAGAAGAGUGUUCUUUCAAGGCUAUGGAGUAUGAUCAGAUACACCGUACUCCCUCAGCCGCUGGCCAAUAUGGUAGCGCUAUGUCCUGCAGCUUGA